AUGAAAUUGUCAAAAAAUUGUAACUCCCCAAGCAGAUGGAUCUACAGUAAUUACCACAGACAUAUUAAAACUCACGAAAAAAAUAAUAAAGUGAGUAAAUUAAAUAAAUUUGUUAAACAAGUUCAACCACAGCUCUCCACUUUAAAAGAUUAUUUCAUACCUUCAACGUCUACUUCUACAAUUACAUCUAUACCUGCAACAACAUUAUCAUCAUCUGACACUUCAAGCAAUAAUAAUUCCCUGAAUAAUUCUAUGAUAGAAAAUACUGUUACUGAGGAGUUGGAUUUUGAUUAUUGCAGUGGUCAUUCUGGGGGAGAUACCAUCGGCAGAAUACCAGAAAUCUCUCCAAAUGUACUAAAGUCAGAAAAAACUAAAUGGCAGAACAAAAAUUAUUCAAGAACCGAAAGAAACCGACGAGCUCAACACAAUAGUUUACUUACAGAUCAUCUAGAACAACCACUUAUUACAAACUUUUAUCCAAUAAUAAACAAAAUUGAAAAAAUUAUAAUAGAAAAUCUAAAUCUAAAACAAAUGCUUUCUGACAAUUUAUCUAACAACAGCAAAAUUAUAGAAAAUAAUAAUGAAAAAUUCUCAAUAAAUGAAAAACAAACAACCUCUUUAAUAAAUUUAAUAGCUAAUACUGCACUUAAUAAUUUGAACAGUAACUCAGGAAAUUUAUCAAAUAAUAAUAGAUAUAGAGAAGUAUUAAAAAAAUUUUAUUUAUACUUAUUUUUUGUUGGAGGGCUUAUGAUGUAUCAAACAUUAUCAAUAAAUAUGAAAAAUUGUCUUCCAUCUAUAUCUGCAUUGUUACGGUAUUUUAAUUCAACAAGGGAUACCAUUGUAGAAGGGUCCUUUAGGUUCAAGGAGCUUAGACGUUUUAUUGAUGAACGUAAUCUACCUCGUUACAUAUGUAUAAGUGAAGAUGCUACACGCAUUACAGGUAGAAUUAUGUAUGAUAGUACUUCAAAUAAAUUAGUUGGGUUUGUUCAGUCCCUUAUUGUCCAAAUCAAGACUCUUUUUUUGCUACAUCUGCCAGACAUUUUAAAUUUUUUUGUUGUUGGUAUUAAAGCUAAUUACGCCUAUGCGGUUAUGGCUCAACCAGUAAUAGACACAAAUCAUUCAUUUUGUGUAUCAAUGUUUGGAACGGAUAACCGUUUCAAAUGUGAAGAUGUAUUAAAACGAUAG